UAUGUCUAAGAAGGGUAUUGAUUGGGUGAGUACUUUGAAAAAGUUUGUUGAUUCUAAACAAUAAAGAACUGCAUAAGAAAUAGAUGAUGAAACUGAUCAAUUGUUUCUUGAUUAUAUUGAAUAAGCAAGAAAGAAAGUAUAUUUAACAGUCUAAUUUAAUAGGAAUAAGAAGAAGAUCCAAGUUAUAAAAAAAUACCUAAAUUUUUCUAAAAGGCCUCAGUUACAAAUGAAAAUUAAUUAAGUUUCAGAGUGAGAUAAGAAGCAAGAACAAGAUUUUUGAAUCAUAAAACUGGUGAAAUAUUAGAUAAAGAAGAUUUAGAAAAAUUAUGGACAGAACUUAAAAAUAAUAUAUCACCACCAGAUGAUAAGAAAGAAAGAAUUAAUUAUAAUUCAUUUUUAACAAUUGCUUCAUUAUUACCUAUUAAAUGUAGACAUUUUUUUAGUGCAUCCACUUUUUUAAAAUUUGACAGAGAUGAAUAUGGAAGAAUAGAUAUUGUUGCAUUCUUUCAUUCAAUAGUUAGGAAAGUCAAUCUAUUUUAAACUAGAAUAUAAAUAAGUUUGUAUGAUUCAAUUGGGUAUAUAUUAUUAUAUAAUAUUUUCUAGAAAUGGAUAUUUACGAGAAAAAGACUUAGAGAAUUACAUCUUUGAAUUAAUACCUACAUUUCCUUAGUUAGAGAAAUUAGAUGUAAAAUAAAUUGUUAUUUUUUAAUUUAGUAAAACUUUUAUCCUUUUUAUGUUAUUACAGCUGUCAGAAAGUUCUUUUUCUUUUUGGAUUCUAAAAGAACAGGAAGAAUAUAUAUUAAAGAUAUGUUAACAUCCCCAAUCUUAGCUGAAUUAUAUGAAUUAAGAUAAGAAAAGUUAACCUUAGAAGAAUUAGGUUAGAAUUGGUUUUCAAAAUAAUCUGCCUUAAAAGUUUAUGAGAGAUAUCUGAAAUUGGAUAAUGAUCAUAAUGGUUUAUUAUCAAAAUAAGAAUUAUCUAAGUAUUCAUGGGGAUUAACAGAUAUAUUUAUUGAUAGAGUAUUUGAAGAAUAUUAAACAUUCGAAGGAGAAAUGGAUUAUAAAACAUUUUUAGGUAUUAAUAAUAUUUAUAAAUAUAGAUUUUGUACUUGCAAUGGAAAAUAAAAAAAGUCAAUAAGCAAUAUAGUAUUUCUGGAGAAUAUUAAAUGUUUAUCAUAAACCAGCUAUUGAUUCUUUUGUUAUCAACAUGUUUUUUAGGCCAAUUAUUUAAAAAUUGGAGCAUAAAGUAGACAUUUAAAAUACUAUUUAAGGAUAAAUUUGGUUUUAAUGUUGAAGAUGUUAAAGAUGAAAUAUUCGAUAUGGCUAAACCAGCAAUAUCAACUGCAAUCACUUUGACUGAUUUAUAAAAUUGUGGUUAAGGAGAUAUAAUUAUUAGUAUGUUAAUAGAUGCUAAAGCAUUUUAUGAAUAUGACCAAAGAGAAAGUGGUUAAUUACUUGAAGUUGAAGAUUAUGAAGAAUUUUGA